AUGACUACUUUCAAGCAGGAGAAUGGCGGCGCGUCGGAAGGUCGCGAACCGGGCAGCGCGCAGGCGGGCAGCUCUGAAGCGGCAAGGUCAGCCCGGAAGAGAACAAAGACUGGUUGUCUCACGUGUCGAAAACGCAGAAUCAAGUGUGACGAAGGCAAACCAGUAUGCAAAAAUUGCAUGAAAUCGAAGCGGCAAUGCGAAGGUUACAACCAGCGUGUUGUCUUCAAACCAGCUGAUUUUCAAUACCUACCACAUGGCGGUGCCACCAUAACUUUUGAUGCUGGACUUUCGGGUAUGCCUGGUGAGCACAACCAUCAUGGGCAAUAUCCUCCGCAUACCAGUUCGCAACCACGAUCGCUUUCUGUUGCAUCGCAGAUGUCACAUGAAUACGGUGGUAUUGGCAAUGCCAUAGAACACCAGCAGUCCCCGCCAAUUACUCAACAUCCAGGCUUUGAUCCGAUUCUGCAUGGCAUGUCACAAUCGACUCAAUUUGAGCAGACAUCAGACAUGUCUGGUAGACCCUUUCUUGACAGGAGUUCGUCGUUCUCUCAUGGUGUCCCUGUUGACAGCGGACCACCGAACCCAAUUUUGUAUCAGUCUAUCCCGGAAGAGUCACCAUAUAUCGAGCAAUAUUCUACCACUGGCUGGCAACAGGAUAUACAGGGCCAUUUCACGCCAGUACUCUGGUCAAAUGCAUAUGUCAACGACGACCAGCAGCCGAUAGGUGUGCCACAUCAAUGGCAUGGAGACGGUUUCAUCAGUCCGAGUGUCCCGGAUCCGACGCCGACGCCGCCGGGUGGUAUACCUUACAGCUAUGAUUCGAAGAUCGAGCAGUCACAGCCAACACAGUACCAGGCACCUUCGCAGAAUAAUUCGAUGAUGAACAAUAACGCACCCUUACAAACGCAGCUUGGACGCAAUGGUGUUCUGGAUGAAGCAGCCAUUGAAGUUCAUGAUGAGGAUUACUAUGACGUUGAUACAGAGGACGAAAUGUACGACAUGGAUAACGACUUCGAAGCACAGAAUAUUCACGGCUCGAAAGCGCGCUCUUACAAUCAAGCAAGAUACGGACUCGACGCAGCUAGGAUGGACGCUCGAUCAUUUGAUACGUUUGUGUUCAGUGGUGCAAUGGACAGCUACCGACCGGAACACGUUGCAAACCCACUGAAGAAUCCAGCCACAGCAAGGGUGUUUGCUCAUUUCAUGUCAGAAACAGCGGCGAUAUUGACCACUUCGGCGAGGCAAAUUUGGCGGUUCAACCCAACAUCUUCCGACAGUAAAACUAUGCCCAUGGUACGGAAGUGUAUCUGGACUCACACGUUGCCCAUGGCAGCACUGCAUCAUCAGGGCCUCUUGCAAUCUAUGCUUGCGAUAUCAAGUCUGCAAAUAGCAAAGAUACAGGGUGCUUCAGAGACACCGUCACUCAAGCAUUACGCAUAUGCUUUGAAAAGAAUUCACAAUUGCGUAGGCAAUCCGAAGAAAAGACUUACCGUCCCUGUGUUCGCUGCGUCAUUAUUACUGGGUUACUACGAGUGUAUGGCAGCAAACCACGCCAACUGGCAAAGUCACUUGAACGGCGCUCGACAGCUGGUGGUCGAGAUGGACUUUGCUGGGAUGACCAAAACCUUCAAGCAGAUGAAAGCUGUGAAAGCCAGACAAGAUCAGCAAAUGCCACGGUUCUCGGCUACUGGUAUGCCCCAGGUCUCUCCAGAUCAAUCGCCACAAGAUUUACUGCUGGAUCAGAUGUACGAAGCCGACGAAAAUAUCGUCGGUGGGAUCUGUGGUACUGGAGUCAGCUACGAUAGAUAUGGUCAUAUUGGCGAAGCGAUGCCUACCCCACAACCAUUCAACCUGGAGACAUAUGAUACACUGAAAGACCUGUAUUGGUGGUAUUGCAAGCAAGAUGCUUACCACAGUUUGAUCAGUACUGAUCCUUUGAUGAUGGAUUUCAGUCGCUACACUGACUGUCCGCCCCGAGCACCAUUGGGCAGGGCCGAUGCACCAUAUGGCUCGUUCGAUCAUAUUGUACUGCUCCUUUCUCGCAUUGCAGACUUUGCUGUGAGAGAUCGAAAGAGAAAGCUCAAAGUUGAAAAGUCUGGCAUGGGCUCACCACUUGAAAAUGGAAGGCGCGCAUCUAAUGCAUCAAAUAAUCCAUCAGCCACACCUCCUCCAAACAUGUUCUCUACGCGAGGAGUUUCUCACUCACCAGGAAGCACAGCAUCACACGCAUACGACAGCAUAGACCUGAAUAUCGCAACAGCAAACGCAUUGCAAGAAUGGAACAGCAUAAAAGCAGCUUUGGAUUUUGUAGCCGCAAAUCUAGGUCCUUACUUCCAGCCUUUGGACGCCGAAUACCAGACGCCGCACCUCACACCCUUUGGACCGGCUUUGCUUUAUCGAUCAUGGGAUCUCAGCGUGUUCUGGGCCACCUACAACAUGGCUAUGAUAGCCGCCCUUCGCAAUCACCCUCACAUGCCACCAGCUGCCCAUGUCGCAGCAGCCGCAGCAGCAGAGCAAACAAAACCUUACGCCAUUUCUAUCGGCCGCAUAGCAGCAGGUAUUCAACCACCACCCGAAGACCGCCCUCUGGACCCCAAGAUGGGCGCCGCGUUCAUCGACAUGAUUAUCCCACAAUUCUUCGCCGGUAUUCAAUACACCGACGCCUCCCACCGUGCCUGGCUUGUCGAGCGCCUCUUCGAAACUACGCGUCGCAGUGGAUGGGCUACCGCCAGUAUCAUCGCUGAAGGAUGUCAGAGUGGCUGGAUUCGCGCCGCGGAAGCCGGAAGAGGACCCCCCCACGUUCGCGUACGCAAAGCCACAUUCUCAGAUUUCAGAAUCGGUCGAUAUCGCGAGAGUCAAGAAGAAGCGAAUAAACAGCGAUUAUCAGAGUUGGACGCCGAGAAUGAUAGGAAGUUCGUUAGGACAAAGGCUAGCGCGAGAGUGCAUUGGGCUAUUGGACUUAUGGGUACUGAGGAAGAUGUACCUGAGGAGGAGGACUAG